AUGGUGAUCAAUGGUUAUUCAAGAAAAAAUAUGAAGAGAAGAGGAAGCAAAAGAAAUAAUGAAUACAAUUUUGGUUCUUCCAUUCAAUCACUUCCCAAUGAGUUACUUACUGAUGUUGUUGCAAGGGUUGCUUCUCGUUCAUUCAAGAAUUUUAUCAAUGUCAAGCUAAGGUACUUUCCAAUUGCACCAUGGCAAAAGCAGAGGCAAGAGAAGAUUAAUAAAGUUAAUUCUUUCAUGGAGUUAUGUAGAGAAUGUGGAAAUACAGAAGCCUUAUACAGAAAAGGCGUGGUGGAUUAUCUUAGAGACGAUGAGCCGGAACUUGCACUGGAAUUUCUGAAGGGAGCAGCAAAAGGAGGUCAUAUUGGAGCCUGGUAUGUUGAGUCUGUGAAUUCAAGCGAAAAGGGGUAA